AUGAGCUCGAGCCAGUCUUCACCGACUACUGGAACACUGAGUGUGGGCCCUCUUCUCCAGCUGUCACAAGAUGAUGAUAUUAAUAGCACUAAUGACGAAGAUGAUGAUAAGCCCAUGUGGAUUGAGUGGCUAGAUCAGAAGCUGGAGGAGGGAAGCUGGGUUUUGUACAUUGCGUUCGGGUCACAGGCUGAGCUGUCGGCUGAACAGCUCCAAGAAGUUGCAAAAGGGUUGGAGAAUUCGAACGUCAACUUUUUGUGGGUUGUGAAGAAGAAGAGUGGCGCUACAGCGUCCGAUGGGUUAACCAAAAGAGUUUGA